AUUGAAACACAUGAAGGAAAACCAGAAUUUGAAUCCGAAGCACUCAAGGAAGCACAGAGGGCGGAGGAAGAAGCUGAAGCUGGCGCCGAAGAAUUUGUGUCAGCUGCUGUUGAGGAGGCCCCCAAAGAAGAGGUUUAUACAAUUCAAAGUUCACUGUAAAUAA